AUGUCCGUUACUCUCACAAUGCCUUCGACCACCCCAUCGUUCUCACUGCCAUCCAUCCACAACAUGAACACUGGCCUCCGUACCCCGCCACGAGAUACACGACUGCCAUCAGUCAAAUCACUCCUAUGUGAUGAGCCGGAACCCUUGCCCCCUCGGCAGUUGUCUCCUCCCCUGGAGCGACUGAAUAAGAAUGUUACUUCUCCUAUGACCCCUGCCUCCACUCCUCCUCUGUAUGAGUACACCUCGACUGCCGCUCCUCCACACGCCAGUGCGCUCUCGCAACCCUCUCCCAUUCAUACUGUGCCUACUCCAGUGCCAGUAUACCAUGCUGCUCCUCUCCACACACAUCACCAUAUCCCUCCUCCACCUCCCCCUCACCAUGUCCCCCACCAUAUGAUGGCUCCUCACCCUGCCUACCACCAUGUGGCUCCUCCUCACACCCAUUUGGCACCAGCGCCCAGCACCCACUACUACGCUGCCCCGGCUACAACUACAUACCCGGCCGUUCCUCAGGCUGUUCCUCAGACCCCCAAGCCCAAGCGACGCAGAGCAACCUCUUACCAAGUUGCUCGGCUCAACGAAGUCUUUGAGCAGACAUUCUUUCCUUCUUCCGAGCAGAGACUUGACUUGGCCAAGGAGCUCAACAUGACCCCUCGAGUGGUCCAGAUAUGGUUUCAGAACAAGCGACAGGGCUGGAAGUCUGAGCACAAGCGACCUGUUCCCCGAAAUUAA